UGGCCUGCUCUUCUGUCCCCCCCACCCCCCCCAGCUCCUCCCCAUUCCUUCCAGGGUCUGGGCACCAUCUCUGGCCUUCCCCUCUUGCAGCCUUUGCAGCUGGUGCAUUGUUAAGACUCUUGUCAAAGCUGAGGUAGAGCUGAUGGGGUCCUGAGGCUAGGCCUGGGAGGAGGCAGGACAGUUGUUCGUAGAGGGGACGGAUGGCAGGUUGUUUCUAGCUGGAUGGGUGGGGAAGUCCCAGUAAAGCUGCCUCGGCCCAUGAUAUGAGCUGGGUGAGACGGCAGACCCAGGAAGGAAAUCAACGGAGACCCCUCCAAAGCCGCCAUGGCAUCUGAAGAGGCCUCGCUGCGAGCUUUGGAGAGUCUAAUGACAGAGUUUUUCCAUAACUGCACAACCAACGAACGGAAACGUGAGAUAGAGGAGCUUCUGAAUAACUUUGCCCAGCAGAUAGGAGCCUGGAGGUUCUGCCUGUAUUUCCUGUCAAGCACAAGAAAUGACUAUGUAAUGAUGUACAGUUUGACUGUGUUUGAGAACCUGAUCAAUAAGAUGUGGCUCGGGGUCCCAUCUCAAGAUAAAAUGGAGAUCCGUAGCUGCUUGCCCAAGCUCCUUCUAGCCCAUCACAAAACUCUGCCUUACUUCAUCAGGAACAAGCUCUGCAAAGUCAUUGUAGACAUUGGCCGACAAGAUUGGCCUAUGUUCUACCAUGACUUCUUCACAAAUAUCUUACAGUUGAUUCAGUCUCCUGUGACCACUCCUCUUGGGCUGAUCAUGCUAAAGACUACAUCAGAAGAGCUGGCCUGCCCACGGGAGGAUCUCAGUGUGGCACGGAAAGAAGAGUUACGCAAAUUGCUCCUGGAUCAGGUGCAAACUGUGCUUGGGCUUCUCACAGGUAUCUUAGAGAGUAUCUGGGACAAACACAGUGUUACUGCUGCCACUCCACCACCGUCCCCAACUUCAGGAGAAAGUGGUGACUUAUUAAGUAGCCUGUUGCAGAGUCCCAGUGUGGCCAAAUUAUUGAACCAGCCAAUCCCUAUCCUUGACACUGAGAGUGAAUAUAUUUGUUCUCUGGCACUGGAAUGCCUGGCCCACCUCUUCAGCUGGAUCCCUCUGUCUACCAGUAUCACCCCUUCACUCCUUACCACCAUAUUCCAUUUUGCCCGCUUUGGCUGCGAUACCCGAACCAGGAAGAUGACCUCUGUCAAUGGCAGCAGCCAGAACUCUGUAUUGGGCCAGGAACGUGGCAGGCUUGGAGUCUUGGCUAUGUCUUGCAUCAAUGAACUGAUGUCAAAAAACUGUGUGCCUAUGGAGUUUGAAGAGUAUUUGCUGCGGAUGUUCCAGCAGACUUUCUACCUCCUGCAGAAGAUUACCAAGGAGAAUAAUGCCCACACAGUGAAGAGCCGGCUGGAGGAACUGGAUGAAAGCUACAUUGAGAAGUUUACAGACUUUCUGCGUCUCUUUGUGAGUGUUCAUCUACGGAGGAUAGAAUCCUACUCUCAGUUCCCUGUGGUUGAAUUUUUGGCUCUAUUAUUCAAAUAUACUUUUCAUCAGCCUACCCACGAAGGCUACUUUUCUUGCCUAGAUAUCUGGACACUGUUCUUGGACUAUCUCACUAGUAAAAUUAAAAGUCGUUUGGCAGACAAAGAAGCAGUACUCAACAGGUACGAAGAUGCCCUCGUUUUGCUGCUGACAGAGGUAUUGAAACGAAUACAAUUCAGGUACAACCAGGCACAGUUGGAGGAGCUGGAUGACGAGACUUUAGAUGAUGAUCAGCAGACUGAAUGGCAGCGGUACUUGCGCCAGAGCUUGGAAGUAGUGGCAAAAGUCAUGGAGCUCCUGCCAACUCAUGCCUUCUCUACACUGUUUCCUGUUCUACAAGACAACUUGGAAGUAUACCUAGGACUACAACAGUUCGUUGUCACUUCAGGGACAGGUCAUAGACUGAAUAUCACUGCAGAAAAUGACUGCCGGCGUUUACACUGCUCUUUGAGAGACCUUAGCUCCUUGCUGCAGGCUGUUGGCCGUUUAGCUGAGUACUUUAUUGGGGAUGUGUUUGCUGCCAGAUUCAAUGAUGCCCUUACAGUAGUGGAGAGGUUGGUCAAGGUAACGCUGUAUGGGUCCCAGAUAAAACUGUACAACAUAGAAACAGCUGUGCCAUCUGUAUUGAAACCUGACCUUAUUGAUGUCCAUGCUCAGUCGCUGGCAGCAUUGCAGGCUUACUCUCAUUGGCUAGCACAGUUCUACAGUGAAGUCCAUCGACAGAAUUCUGAGCAGUUCAUCUCUCUAGUCUCCACUGCCCUGGAAGCAAUUAUUCCACUCAUCAGCUCGAAGGUGCAGGAGAAGUUGCUGCUGUCUUCAUGCCACUUGUUAGUUUCUUUAGCCACCACAGUGCGGCCUGUGUUUUUGAUUAGUAUUCCAGCAGUCCAGAAGGUGUUCAACCGGAUCACAGACACCUCUGCUCAGCGGCUUCCUGAUAAGGCUCAGGUACUGGUCUGCAGAGCACUUUCAAAUGUGUUGUUGCUGCCAUGGCCAAAUCUCCCAGAGUGUGAACAGCAGUGGGCAGUUCGUUCAACCAACCACACCAGCCUAAUCUCUGCCCUCACAAGGGAAUACCGCCAACUAAAAUCCAACACCAUCCUACCACAGAGGAAAGUGCAGCUGGAAGACACCAAAGUGAUCAUCCAUCAGACACUAAGUGUCUUGGAAGAUAUUGUGGAGAGUAUUUCUGGAGAGUCUACCAAGUCACGACAGAUCUGUUAUCAGUCACUGCAGGAGUCUGUCCAGGUCUCGCUAGCCCUCUUCCCAGCUUUCAUUCAUCAGUCAGAUGUUACUGAUGAGAUGCUGAGCUUCUUCCUGACUCUGUUUCAAGGAUUGAGGGUACAGAUGGGAGUGCCUUUCACUGAGCAGAUCAUACAGACCUUCCUAAACAUGUUCACCAGAGAGCAGUUAGCAGAGAGCAUUCUCCAUGAAGGCAGUACUGGCUGUCGAGUGGUUGAGAAGUUUCUGAAGAUACUACAAGUAGUAGUUCAAGAGCCAGGCCAAGUGUUCAAGCCUUUCUUACCCAGCAUCAUCUCACUGUGCAUGGAGCAGGUCUAUCCCAUCAUUGCAGAGCGCUCAUCUCCUGAUGUGAAAGCUGAACUUUUUGAGUUGCUUUUUCGGGUCCUGCAUCAUAAUUGGCGGUACUUCUUCAAAUCUAAUGUUUUGGCCAGUGUUCAGAGAGGAAUAGCAGAGGAACAAAUGGAGAAUGAAGCACAGUUCAGUGCCAUUAUGCAGGCAUUUGGCCAGUCCUUCCUGCAGCCUGACAUACAUCUAUUUAAGCAGAAUCUAUUCUACUUGGAGACGCUGAAUACCAAGCAGAAGCUUUACCAUAAGAAAAUCUUCAGGACAACAAUGCUGUUCCAGUUUGUGAAUGUGCUGCUUCAGGUCCUGGUCCACAAAUCGCAUGACCUGUUGCAGGAGGAGAUUGGCAUUGCCAUUUACAACAUGGCCUCGGUGGACUUUGAUAGCUUCUACUCGGCAUUUCUCCCAGAGUUCUUAGCCAGUUGUGAUGGCGUGGACUCCAACCAGAAAAACGUUCUGGGAAGGAACUUCAAAAUGGACAGGGAUCUUCCAUCGUUCACCCAGAAUGUGCACAGACUGGUGAAUGACUUGCGCUACUACAGACUCUGCAAUGACAGUUUGCCCCCUGGAACUGUGAAGCUAUAGUUUCUGCACUGGGCUCCUGGUUUGAUCACUGUAAUGAAUGGAUCUGUAUUUCUCUUGCCUCCACCACCACCACCACCACC